AUGACCCAAGAAAAGCUCCUGGACGAUGUGUUCUCCGCCGACAUUGUUGGAGGUGCCCUCAAGUGCAACUCGCCCGCUGGCGAGCGCUUGAUUGAUCUUGGGGAUAUCCUCUGCGCACUGCCUAGUCGGAAGUCCAACGACUCUGGAUACACCGUCCUUUUCUUCCAGAGAUCUGAAAUUGAGUCCAAGCAACAAGACCUGGCACGUUUGAUGAAGAUUAAGAUCGCUACGCUGCCUACGCCAUUGUCCCACCUUCUGACGGAUCUCCCGGAUCAUCUUCGAGGACAAGGAUCCCCAAUCCAAGUCGUGAUCUCUACCCGGUCAGGAACCGGAAGGGCCAAGGCUGUUUUUCUGAAGGCUGUGCAGCCCUUGCUAGCUUACUUGGGGCUGGAUGAUUAUGAAGUCCACGAAACAGAGUCCGCACAGACGAUCAUCGAGUUGGCUCAAUCCCAAUUUCUGGAGCGUGCCUGCAAUGGAGUCCCUCAAACCAUCAUUUUACUCGCAGGUGAUGGGGGUGUUAUUGACAUUGUCGACGUCUUCUAUAAAUCUGGACGAGCCAUUCGCAUGCCUCCCAAGAUAGCCUUGAUCCCUUGUGGAACGGGGAAUGCAAUGGCCAGUUCGAUCGGGCUUCGAUCGGGUCCUCUCUCUGGCCUUACGGGGCUGCUUUGGGGGAAAGCAUCUACUCUGCCGAUUUUUGCUUCCAAAUUUUCCCCCGGUAGCCAGCUGGUCGUCGAUGAGGGUCGGCAACGAGCCCCCAUAGAUGGCGAUUCUGGAGCCCCCAGUCCUAUCAUAUACGGCGCAGUUGUUGCGAGUUGGGGACUACAUGCAGCGCUGGUUGCAGAUAGUGACACGUCUGAAUAUCGCAAAUAUGGAUCCGAGAGAUUUCAGAUGGCGGCAAAGGAGCUUCUCUACCCGUCGGAUGGCACGGAGACUCACCGGUUCAAGGGCCAGAUUACCUUGACAACCUUGGAUGGGCAGACUGGCAUCCAAAAACAAGAAGCCCUGUCUGAAACUGAGCAUAUGUAUGCACUUGCCACCCUGGUUCCAAGACUCGAGAAGGAGUUCUUGAUCUCUCCUGACUCGGAGCCACUGAGUGGCGAGAUGAGGCUGAUCCGCUUUGGACCCAUGUCCCCAGAAGAGGCCAUGCAUUUGAUGACUCUGGCCUACCAGGGUGGUCGACACGUGCUGGAGAAGUCGGUGACAUACGCCGAGGUCGAGGGGUUGCGGAUCAAUUUUCAAGAAGACCAGGAGAGAUGGAGGCGCGUCUGUGUCGACGGGAAGAUCAUAGCCGUGGAGAAGAAUGGUUGGAUGGAGCUCUGCAAAGAACCUCGGCAGUUGCUGGACUUAAUGCAUUAG